AUCCGGUUCUUUCUUCGGCGCAACGGUGCAUUCUUCUGUGUCGACAAGUGUCGGUAAAGUAAUACUGAGCGGACGUCGCUCUUACAAGAGAUUCUCUGGCAUGGACGAAGAAUUGGAACCCGCGACUUCUAAAUUCCACCAGUCGCUGCCGUACGCAUAUCUCGCAGUCUCGCCGACACUGUCUGCUCUUCACGCGACACGUAUCAAGCGCCAGCAUGCUCUAGAGAAUCCAGAUUUCUGCUCGAGAUGCGGCACCUUUCUUCUCGACGGUCUCAGCAGCUCCCGGCUGAAACGUGUCAAGAAGAAGUGUAACGAAGGAAGGACAAGGAGAAUUAGGGCAGUUCAGUGCAGGGGUUGCGGGUUUGCGAAUGACAUAGAGGUUCGGGAAGGGAAUGCUGUCAUUUAUGGGAGACGAAAUGGACGUUUGGACAAGGACUCUAUCGUCGUGGUCCCAGAGCCAGAGCCAGAGCCAGAGGUCGUCGCUAAAACUCCCCUCGUUGCCAAAAUCCCGACUCCCAGCCCGUCGACCCCCGCGCCCAAGCUGCGUCAGAAGAAAAAGUCUGUUUUGCAGGACAUGCUCGCCAGAAACCGUGCACGCGAAGAACGCGAUAAAUCUAAUCAGAAUUCAACUGGAUUGGCUGCGUUUCUUAGUGGGCUUUAAGAAUAUGGCUACAAGUUACGCUUCCCUUUCAGGUUCUGCCCGUUCAAUAACUUCAGUCCGGUUUUAUGCUCCACAAGAACUGGAGGAACGAAUCUUCCGGGCCAAAAUAGAACGUAUAUCGCGACAGCGAUGCAAAGCGGCAGUGUAUCAAAUCCAUAGAAAAACGAUUCCGACGUCGCCAGUCGACCUU